UUUGAAGGCCACCUUUGUUUUGGCGCGAACGUCUGGAAUGGAACAAUGCAAGGUAGAACGUAGUCUCCAUUUGGCACGUCGUCAGCAGUGUGCGUGUUUAAUUCAGGAAAUUGGGUCAAGGUUGCAAACGUAAGUUUUUACUGAAGUAGUGUGUAUCCCUGUCUGCUUCAUACAGAACACAGGUGGUCAUAAAUGCAGGCAUAUAUUACAUGCACUACUUCUACGAAGUUUUCUCUCCAGAAACUAUCAAACCGAUUUUAGUCGCAAUAGCUGCCUUUUAUUGUGCAUGCAAGACAGAGGAAUUUUCUAGGAAACUAUCUUUCUUGAUCAAGGCUGCGUAUGAUAUUUUGAAGAGACCGGCACCUGAUGAGGGGUCAGAUGCAUUCAAGAGACUCGUUCAGAAUGUUCAUGCUUUAGAGGCUACUAUUCUUAUGGUCAUUGGGUUUCACACUCUUGAAGUCAAACAACCACAUGUGCUACUCAUUAAGGCUAUUCGCGCAAAUAAAUUCCCGAAGGAAAUAGCUCAUACGAGCUACUAUGUCUGUACUAAUAUACUGCAUCUCACCACUUUAGUAUUACGACAUUCUGCAGAAGCGAUUGCUGCUGCUAGUCUUUACAUUGCGGCGAAGUGGAAUGGAACAGACAUCCAGUCGUCAAACGGGGAUUGGUUCCAUAUUUUUUCCCCGAUGCUGACUUUUGAGGAAAUCUCUAAAAUAACAGACGAAUUCACCCUUACUUUCCAAGAAUGCGAUUUAAAAAUCAGAGAGCAACUGCGCUGUUCGCUUCGAUCCCGAAAGUUACAAAGAGAACGAAGAGAUGAUCCUGUCAAUAAUCCUCCUCGAACUCAAGAGCCUCAGAGGAGACCAGUUCCUGAUUCUCAGCAGAAGGCUGAUUCUUGGAAAACAGAGAAAAGACCAUACGGUUCGACAAAUCCUAGUGCAGCUCAAGUCCCAUCUCAACAUCCAAAUCAUCAUGCUCGAAGUCAUGCUGGUGGCUCCCAGAAUACACAGAUGAAUCAUCCGUAUCAUGGACACAAUCGGGCCCCACAAUCACAUGUUUAUGGGAACGAACAUUUCAAUAGAUCUCAUUCCAACCGUCCUCCAGGUCCUGGGAAUAAUGAACCAGAUCCUAAGCGUCAGAGAUUUGAUCGCCCAUACCCAAAUCAGUGUCAACGAUCACCACAACCCCACUUGCCUGGUGGACAUCAUCCCGACGGAACAGCACGUGCAAGUCGUAUGGAGAGUUCUGUCUCUCAUUCUGGAGGUGGCGAACACAAAGUACACUAUCCAUCUGCUAAUCGUAUCCAUGGAACAGAUUACAGGAUGGCACAAUCCACUGGUUACAAUGCUGUUCCGAAUAAGCAACCUUACGGACGAGAUGAACAUGAAGACUCACGUCUUAACUCAGGGAAUCUUCGUUCUGUAAAACCAGCUGGUCAUCCACAAGGAAACACACGAGUGAAACCUGAUCUAAAUGACUAUUUUUGAAUAGUUACUGGAUUAAUAUAGUUUUACAUGGUGUUUUUUUGUUGCAUUCCUAAAUUUCCGUAUACAGAUAGCGUUGUACAUAUGUCAAACUGCUUUUUUCCGUUUAAAACUAUACCUACUUGCGGUUUGUUGACUCAAAACUGUCAGUUCCCCUUUCGUAUUUGUCUAGUCUUUAGAUAAACUGUAAAGUCUUUCUUCUCCCAUUACUGUGUUUAUCAUUAGUGCAUGUUUUUCUUGUUUUCGCGCAAGAAUUUUUAUAUUAAUUGCUUUUAUACGAAUGUUUGGUACUUUUGUCUAUUUCUUACUACAAUUGUGUAGCUAUUAUUGUUCAAUGUAUAUUACCGAUUUUCUUUAUAUUGCCAUUUAUUUUGUAGUACAUUGAACGAUAAAUAAUAAUUUCCGGUUACUAAUA